AUGGUGGACUUCUGUGGUCAGACGGUGAGAGGGGACGGGAUGGUAGUGAGCUCUCACGCGGACUCCAGGAAGUACUACUUUGUGUCGGUGGGGACGGACUGCCGGCUGACCAUGCGUUCUGCGACUGUGAAGGACAAGGUUCAGUUCCAGUUCCGUUUCUUCCUGGUGUACAGCCUCCUGCGAAUCCCACCCUCUGUAGAGACCAGCAGCCCCCCCGGCUCUGUCAGUGACCCCUGUAACGCCGGCUCCUACGUCCAGUUCUAUGAUGGGAAGGACCUCCAUUCGGAACCUCUGGGCACCCCGCUAUGUGGGAAGACCAUCCCGCGGCCCGUCCUGUCUACCGGCAACUACCUGACCCUACGCCUGGUCACCCGCGGCCAGCAGCCCAGAGUGGAUUUUGUUGGCGAUUUCACCUCCUUCCGGAUAGGUAAACCGGAGCCGUACUUCUCCUGCCACAAUGGGAAGUGUAUCCCCUCCAGCCUGGUGUGUGAUGAGCGCGACAUCGAUAACUGUGGUGAUGGAAGCGACCAAUCCGCCAGUCCUCCUGCAAACUGCCAGCGAGACGGGGGAAGGGGUAAGUGCUCCGCCCCCAAUGCCUGA